CGCUGGCUGGUAAGGGAGGACAAGUCGGUUCGAAUCUUAUCUCCCGCUUGGGCGAUGCAGGGUGCGGAGUCGAAGGGGGCGCGGGAUGUUCGUCGCAAGGAGGCUUCGGAAAGCGGAUGUCUGUUUCUGGAAUAUUGCAAAGUAGAGAAGAAUUACAGUCAGAAUUUGGAAGAUAAAAACUAUGAAUGGUAUGCUAUUGAAAAUUAGUUGGUUCAAUGAAACAUCUGACACCCCUCAUUCUUCUUGCCUGUGGCUCCUUUAAUCCCAUAACAAAUAUGCACAUGCGCUUAUUUGAACUAGCAAGAGAUCACCUUCAUCAAACAGGAAAAUACAAUGUGAUAGAAGGUAUAAUUUCACCAGUUAGUGACAACUAUGGGAAGGAAGGAUUGGUUGCAGCAAAGCAUCGGAUUGCAAUGGUUCGGCUUGCAGUUGAGACAUCCGACUGGAUCAGAGUGGAUCCUUGGGAAAGUGAGCAAAAUCAGUGGACUGAGACUCUCAUAGUACUAAGGCGUCAUUACAAAGAGCUACUUAAAUUACACAAUAGCAGAAAACUGUGUAGAGAAAAUACUUGGUCCAAAGAAGCAACUGACUCAUCAGUCGGAUCAUCAGUGACAGUUGUUCCAGAGCUAAAACUUCUCUGCGGAGCUGAUGUUCUGAAGACAUUUCAAACACCUAACCUCUGGAAAAAAGAACAUAUUAUAGAAAUAGUGGAAAGGUUUGGAUUGGUUUGUGUUAGUCGUGCUGGCCAUGAUCCUUCUCAGUAUAUAACUAACUUAGAGUUUUUAAAUAACUGCCAGCAUAAUAUCCACUUAGUAAAAGAGUGGGUUCUAAAUGAAAUCAGUGCUACGAGCAUAAGGUGUGCCUUGCGCAAAGGACAAAGUGUGAAAUACUUGAUUCCAGACUCUGUUAUUUCUUACAUUAAGCAACACAAUAUAUAUAUUGAAAAGAUUGAAUGAAAUAAAUUAAAGAAAAUGGCGUAUUCCUUUAAAGUGUUCAUGCUGUUUACUUCACUUAAAAAAAGAUAUUGAUAAGAUUG